AUGUUGGAAGACAAGCAGAUGCUGGAAGCCCUGGAGAUGCUGGAAGACCUGGAGGUGGAGGAAGACAUGUACUCCUUGGAAGAUGUGGAUUUGGGGGAAGACGUGGAUUUUUCGGGAAGACGUGGAUUUCCGGGAAGACAUGGAUUUUCAGGAAGACGUGGAUUUUUCGGGAAGACGUUGAUUUUCAGGAAGACGUGGAUUUUGGGAAGACGUCGAUUUUUCAGGAAGACGUCGAUUUUUCGGGAAGACAUGGAUUUUGGGAAGACAUCGAUUUUUUGGGAAGACGUGGAUUUUGGGAAGACAUCGAUUUUUCGGGAAGAUAUGGAUUUUCAGGAAGACGCUGAUUUUUGGGAAGACGUCGAUUUUGGGAAGACAUCGAUUUUUCAGGAAGACAUGGAUUUUUGGGAAGACGUGGAUUUCUGGAAGACGUGGAUUUUGGGAAGACGUGGAUCUUCGGGAAGACGUGGAUCUUCGGGAAGACGUGGAUCUUCGGGAAGACGUAGAUUUUGGGAAGACGUGGAUCUUUGGGAAGACGUGGAUUUUGGGAAGACAUCGAUUUUUCAGGAAGACAUGGAUUUUGGGAAGACGUGGAUCUUCGGGAAGACGUGGAUCUUGGGAAGACAUGGAUUUUGGGAAGACGUGGAUCUUCGGGAAGACGUGGAUUUUGGGAAGACGUCGAUUUUUCAGGAAGACGUGGAUCUUCGGGAAGACGUGGAUCUCGGGAAGACAUGGAUUUUGGGAAGACGUGGAUCUUCGGGAAGACGUGGAUUUUGGGAAGACGUCGAUUUUUCAGGAAGACGUGGAUCUUCGGGAAGACGUGGAUUUUGGGAAGACAUCGAUUUUUUGGGAAGACAUGGAUUUUGGGAAGACGUGGAUCUUCGGGAAGACGUGGAUUUUGGGAAGACGUGGAUCUUCGGGAAGACACAUGGAUUUUGGGAAGACGUGGAUCUUCGGGAAGACGUGGAUUUUGGGAAGACGUGGACUUCCUGGAAGCUAUGGAUUUAA